AUGUCCCAUAACUCGUCGUUUCUGAGAUCUCCGCAAUCGCCGGUGAUCAGCAGCCAGCUGCUCAACCCACACAAAGGCCCCCAAGCUCGCAAACUGUCCAUUGUAGAGAUGUUGUCCUCGCCACCGCCUUUACCCACCGAGCCCAUUAACCCGCUGGACGACUUCAGCUUAUCGCGUAAUACUUCCAUAUCGUCGAGAUCGUCGUCUUUGGCAUACCAGUCCGCUCCUAGGUUGGAUUGGAGCGAGAUACCCUUGGUGGAUUUGACCGAGCUGAACAAGCUUAUCUCAAUCAACUCCUCCUACUCUGUACAGCAAGCGUUUGAGACGUUGCUGACAAACAACUUAACGUCGUUGCCCGUGUCGUUAUCGAAGAACUCGUUUGACUUGGCCAACUGCCUUUCAUUCGACUACUCGGACUUGAACACGUAUCUCUUGCUUGUCAUGAACAAGAUCAGCUUAAACGAUUUGAGCCCCUCCGGUAUCACCGACGAUGUCACGGGAAGACAGUUGUCCCUUCAGGAAAAGCAGGAGAGGUUGCUCGCAUUCAUCGCCAAGGCGAAGAAGGGCGAGGAGGUGCCUGUUGACUUGAUAGUUAAGUUGCACCCCAAGAACCCUUUCAUCAAGUUCAAGGAGUCGCAAACGCUUUUCAAGGCCGUGGAAGCCUUUGGAAACGGCGUACACCGUGUGGCGAUCCUCAACGCUGAAAACAAAAUCACGGGUAUUCUUUCCCAAAGACGGACGCUCCGUUUCUUGUGGGACAAUGCGCGCAGGUUCCCUUCUCUCGAGUUUCUUUUGAACUCAUCUCUUCAGGACUUGAAGGUCGGCUCUACCUCGCCUCUUACGAUCCACGGUGACCAACCUUUGAUUGAGGCAUUGGAGACAAUGUUUCACCUGAGAGUCUCCUCCUUGGCCGUGAUUGAUCGGAACAAGUGUUUGAUUGGCAACAUAUCGAUUGUCGAUGUCAAGAAUGUGUCCUCGACGAAAAAUUCCCACUUCUUGUUCAAGCCGGUAAUGAACUUCAUCUCGUACAACUUGUCGAAGAAGGGAAUUGAGUGUGGCCAGGACCAGUUCCCCAUUUUCCAUGUUAGCAAGCAGUCUUCCUUGGGCAGAGUCAUUGCCAAGCUUGUUGCCACACAGUCACAUAGAUUGUGGAUUGUGGAAUCCAGGUCGUCAUCAGCUCAUCCUUCUUCACAAUCAGGGUCUACCUCGUCCGCGGCAUCCACGCACUCCUCGGGACCUGCCUCGACCAUCGAGAAUGUGCUUUCUGACACCACCACGAUUCAACAAGAAUCGGGACGUCCAGGAACACUCAUUGGUGUGGUGUCCCUAACUGACAUUCUUGGCUUGUUUGCACAGCACAAGUCUGGUGUUCGCAUUGACCCUCUAACUGCGCGAAACAGUAGAAGAAGAUCAUCUACAUCGACUACAAGAUCAUCUAUCGAUAGCGUGCUGCUUAAUGCGGCCGGUGCAAACACAUCAUCUGCUCCAACUACGCCACAAAGCGCCCACAUCCAGCCUAAUCAGGACUUAUUCCGAAACUCCUAUAGAUCAAAUUGA